AUGGAGAUGUCUAUGGUUACCGCUGUAAGUGGGCGUACUCUCCGCACCCGUCUCCGUGGAAUCUAUCCGACGGACAGUCAAGACCAGAUAACAACAUCACCCGCGCCCAAUCCGCAUGAGGACGAGUACCCGGUGCGAACACCGUAUACUAGUUCUUCGUAUUCUCGAGCUGAAGAGCCGGAGCCUAUUACCUUUCCUACCAAUGGGGUUCAAUACACGAAUCAAGCGCCAGGGUCACGACCAGAGAACACAGCUUCUUCACAAACAGAGCCCCAGCCUUGGAAUCUAGCACCAUCUAGAAAACGCUUCUGUAGUCCCUUAUCUUCGGAUAGUGAGAUCGCUGCGACACCGCUGAACCUUGAUGGAGCGCCAGAUCUAGCAUCCCGAUCAGAAGCACCAAACCCACCGUGGGGAAAUUGUCCUUUCCCCCACGUACAAACCAAGGAAUAUAUACAGAAUCCAGCACCAGUGGCUGAGCCUGCUCCGACACCGAUGCCUGUUCCAAAGGCCAAGUUACAUCAUCGACCGCUUUGGGCAGUUUCCAGUUGCUGCUCAGCACGCCGAACCCAUUCACCUCCAGCGACGACUCAUAGCGAAGAUGAUCAGGUUUCUAUCAAGGCAGAGAGGGACUCUAGUUUUGAUGAACCGCAUGACCACCAUGACACUAUGGGUACUUGCUGCUCGGAGUUGCAUCACUCAAGUGCGGACUCUUCGCUAAAGAAUCUAGGGGAUACCACGAUUUCUGGCGAACAUGAUGACCCUGAGCUCGGUCCUCCGAACUUUGAGCGUGUCGUUCUCCGAAUCGAUGGUCUCAAGUGUGGAUGUUGUGAGUCGGGUCUUUUACGAAUCGUUGGACGCGUUCCGAAUAUCAAGAACUUUCAGCUGAACACUGUACUUGCUCGAGUUGAGUUAGAGCUGGAUACCAAUCGUCUGUCGGUUAGCAAAGUUGUCAAGAUGCUAGAAACCAGGACCGGAUACAGAUUCGAGGAGCAGGUGGUAUCCGACGGUCAAGUCUUGGAAGUCAUCGUCACCGACCCUAGGCGCAUGCAGCACGCCGGCCGGCCAGAUGGUGUCAUGCGCCUUGAAGUUCCUGAACGAGCACCAUGGCGUCCUUUCGCUGUGCUAAGUGGGCGCACCAGUACAGCUCUGAAGGAAACGACCGCGGACGACGCCGAUGGAGAUUGCGGAAUUUCAAAGAUCCGUGUACCACCGACCAAGAUAUACUAUGAUGCAGCCAUGAUAGGGGCCCGAGAUGUUCUCAGGCACUAUCGUCAAUUUGACCCAGAUCUACGCCUGGCGCCUAUGGCCGCAGACCCAGGGCUUGACUUGGGAGCAAAGCAGACGAUAAGAGCCCUGAAAUGGUUUUUGCUGUCACUCAUCUUCACAAUCCCCGUCCUCGUAUUUGCCUGGGCACCUGUCGGAAGACGCUCUAGAGGUCCUCCCAACUCAAUCUAUCUCCCCGGCUUACACACGUCCCUAGCGCUCGCCACUGUGGUGCAGAUGAUUGCCUUGAAAGAGUUUUUCCCAGGCGCAAUGCGGUCACUUUACCACUCUCGCGUCUUCGAGAUGGACUUCCUGAUCGCAUUCAGCACGACGAUGGCCUACAGCUUUAGCGUCGCUUCUUACAUCUUCCAAGUCAGAGGCAAGCCACUAGAGACGGGGUCAUUCUUCGAGACAUCUACUCUCCUGGUAACGCUGAUCUUGCUGGGUCGUGCCAUCAAUGAGUUCGCCCGUUUCCGUGCCGCAAAGUCGGUAUCAUUCCGAUCUCUUCAGGUUGACGAGGUCACGCUUAUUGCCCACCCGGAGGAGUCCAACUCUUGGACCAACGCCCCGACAACCAAGAUUGACACUCGGCUACUCCAAUACGGUGACUUUUUCACGAUACCACCUCAUACCAGGGUAGCCACGGAUGGUGUUGUUGUGUACGGAGGCUCCAAUGUUGAUGAGUCGAUGAUAACUGGCGAGUUCAAGCCCAAUGCGAAAGGUCUAGACUCCGAAGUCUUUGCCGGCACUAACAACGGGGAUGGGUUCCUGGUGGCGAGGCUGACAAAGCUCCCUCAUGAGAACUCUGUGCAGCGAAUCGCAGCUUUGGUGGAAGACGCGGAAUUGACAAAGCCGAGAGCACAAGCACUUGCAGACCGGGUCGCUGGUUGUUUUGUGCCUGUAAUGGCCUCAAUCGGGCUCACAGUCUUUCUCAUCUGGCUCUUUGUCGACAAGUACCACGACAAGAAGAAUUGGCGGAGUGCGGUACUGACAGCGAUUACCUACGCUAUCGCUACAUUAAUCGUGUCAUGUCCUUGCGCUAUCGGGCUCGCUGUGCCUAUGGUUGUCCUGAUCGCGAGUGGAGUAGCGGCACGAUAUGGUAUCAUCUUCAGAGACCCACAGAAACUCGAGAUCGCGCGUAAUGUUACGGAUGUCGUCUUUGAUAAAACCGGAACUAUAACUACCGGAACGCUCAAGGUCGUUAAUGUUCCCAGGUACCGUCAUACAGACGACGCUCAUACAAAGGGCCUGCUGAUGGGCCUCUUGAAGGACAUCAAGCACCCUGUGUCUAUUGGGAUCUCGAGUUGGCUGGCACAAGAUAGGCUUGUCCACAAGGAUUUCCAGCCUCUGGAGGUCACAAACAUUAUCAGUGUUCCCGGUCAAGGAGUCCAAGGCACAUGCGCGAAGACAGGAGUUGAGAUCCGAGCCGGGAACGCCGAGUGGCUGGAUAUUAACGUGAUGGGUCCAGAGACCAACACGAUGUGCUACUACACGUAUGGCGGAGAUCUUCGCGCCAGCUUCGAGCUGACGGACCACCCUCGCCCUGGAGCGGAAAUGGUAAUUCAGAAACUGCUAGCCAGAGGGAUCAAAGUGCACAUGCUGAGUGGCGACACUGCCGGCGCCGUUACUAGCAUCGCCAACAGACUCUACAUUCCUGAGGGAAAUACCAAGGCAUGCUGCAAGCCGGAAGGCAAGAUGAACUACGUACGCGACCUUCAAACACCUGGCAAGGUCGUCAUGUUCGUGGGCGACGGUACGAACGACUCUGUGGCGCUCAAGCAGGCCCAUGUCGGCGUUCACCUCAACCAAGGCUCAGACAUCGCGAAGAGCGCGGCUGACGUAGUCCUUAUGACCACGCGCCUCCACGAUAUUCUGAUCCUACUCGACAUCUCCUUUGCUGCAUACCGACGUAUACUUCUGAACUUCAGCUGGUCGGCCUUGUACAAUGUAGUCGCCAUCCUCCUUGCAGCUGGCGCGCUCGUCAAGGUAGGCGACCAAAUCAGGAUCAAACCGCAGUGGGCUGGGCUGGGUGAGCUCGUCAGCGUCUUGCCCGUUGUCCUGACUGCAUUCCAGAUGCGAUGGCGGGACUAUGGCAAGAAUUACAGGAUGAUCGAGGCGGAGUAUCAGAAGGUUGAGGCGCCCAAACGAGAGCGUCGUAUACGUACGCGUGGUAGCUCUUCGGCUGAUGGCACCGGUUGCUGUGAGAUUCCAACGACGAGGUUGGCGCAGGUUGAUGCUUUUACGAGGAGAAAUGACAGGAGUAGGCUUCGGAGAUUCCUUUUGGGGAGUGCGUUAUGA